AUGCUUGCAACGCUCUGUCUUCGUUGUAUGAUACUACUCAGCUGGCAAGUAUUUUGUAAUCAUUUGUUAUCAAAAUUGAUGAACAAUGAAUCGGGCAACAAAAUGAAUCAAAUGAACAAUCAUCGUCGGUUGUCUAUCAUGAAAAAUAAUAGUGAUCCACAUUGGAUAUUUUUAGACAGAAACUGUAUCGAUGUAUACGGUUUCUGUUGCAUUGAUCAACCAAACAGUGUCCCUAAUGAUUUUUUAUCUGUUUUAAUUCAGCAAACAAAUGAAAUAAGCGUUGGAAUUAUCAUGGAUACACCUCAUGAUACCCUAUUACUUAAAAUUCCCUUUAUGAUCAAUCAAACAUUGGAUGCACUUCCAGCCAUUGAACAAUGGUACAAAGCGUUCAAUGUUCCAGUUAUUAGAAUGAGUAAAUUGUAUGAUAAAUUCGAUAUGAAUUCAUUCAAUGGAGAGGUUUUGUGGACAGAAAGAUCAAUACAAAUACUAUUAGAAGAAAUUGACAAACAAAUUAAAGAGAGACUACUUCAAAAUGAUAUACAUCUGCAAUCACAACAACAAUUGUUUAAACCUUGGAUGAGAAGAGGAUCAAAUGCUCCACCCGUUCAGGAUGCGAAUGAAUAUAACAAGCAAGAAGAACAAGAUAGCUGA